AUGGACAACGUCCAUACCACGACAUCUUCCACCUUGGCCACCUUCACCUCUUCCAAGCGACGUCGAAAUACUCUCACCAAGAAUCCUCCCCCCUCUGCCUUCCCCUCCAAGGCCUCUGUACGCAAACAACAGUCGUCUACCACACUUCAACGGGCCCCGUCAGCUCCAUCUCCAUACCCACGCAGUCACCACACUUCACUAUCGUCUCGCGAUUUCCAUCAGAGAACCCAGUCCAGCGCGUUCGCCUCUUCCACAUCCUCGCUUGAGCACAGCAGCGGCGCACCCUCCCCCAUCGUCCCCUCCAUCAACGCCUUCGCAUCGUCCGUCAACGGCUACACAGCACUGCACCACCUCCCCCUCACGCCCCAGAAUCCAGAUGACCGUCACAAGGACUUGAUCGGUGCGCCGUUUGACGCCUCAGGCCUUUUGACUUCUUUUCAAGCCACCGGCAUGAACGAAAACCAGAAUGCGGGUGCUCAGUCACCAUUUCCCCCACCAUUGACCCAGAGCCAUACAAGCCCCGACCUGCGAACUCAUCCACUACGGAACUCACAGACCUUCGGACCUGGAAUGGUCGCAAUGAUGGAAGUCACGCCUCCUAAAUCAGAAAAUGGCACGCUUAGUCCUAAGCGCUUCUCAGGGGACGGCCACACAAAACCGGCCGGGCCUUUUCGCAAGAAGAGCGGCUUCUCCAGCUUCGUCAAUAACAUGUUGGGCUCUCCGAAAACCAUCAAGAUCUCGGCUCCAGAAAAUCCACUCCACAUGAUACACGUCGGCUACGACAACCAGACGGGGCAGUUUACGGGACUACCUGCGGACUGGCAGAGGAUCCUGUCCGACAGUGGCAUCACCAAGACCGAGCAAGACCAGAAUCCGCAGAUGAUGGUCAACAUUGUCGAGACCUACAAGAACAACUUGGGCGGCAAUGAGGAUGGGGUAUGGCAGAAAUUCGACCAUGCCAAACUCUCCGACUCUCCUCAAAGUAGCAACAGCAGCUAUCAGAGCCCGGUGACGCCAGUCAUCGGGUCCAGCGCUGCAUCGUACUCUCCCAUGGCGGGUAUAAUCUCACCCCCGGCUAGUCCUCGGUUUCCUCAGAAUCAUGAGGGCAGCUUUGAGAAUCCUCGCGCGCCGCCGCCGGUACCGAAAGGCCCUCCCGCUAGCGCGAUGGCAGGUAUGAAGCAAAGUCAGUCGCCGAUGCUGAUGAUGCCCAAUCGACCUGCUCCCAAGCCCCCUGUACAGAAUCUGCGAGAAAUGGCACCCUCUCGGCCUGCACCACCGCCUCCCCUGAGCCGAGACCUACCGCUACGGCCAGUGCAGGAGCAGCCGAAACCGCAGCCUCCACCAGCCUCUCUGCCUAACACGCCAUCGAUUCCUCAGGAAGAAGCUCGGAGUCGUUCCGGUUCGAAAGGACCGGCUGCGACACCUCCUCGCACUCAGCCGGCAAUCCAGUCUCCGGCUCAGUAUCAACAGCAGCAAGAACAAGCAAUGCUUCUGGCACAACAAGCCAUCCAGGAUAAACAACUAGAUCGAAGUCGAAGUCAGCGUCAAGUGGCGCAAGGUGCCCCCGAGGUUCCACCAAAGAUCUUGCCUCAACACAUCAGCCCCAACAUUCCACAGGCGCAAUUUGCUGCUGUGGCAGCUUCGCCAGCCAUUGAAGGUACUCCGCAGGUAGCUGCGGUGCCUCGGCCGCGACAGAAGCGACAGCAAAGCAACAUCGUGGAUGUCACAGCGAGGUUACGAGCAAUAUGCACUCCCGGUGACCCCACUACAAAGUACAGCAAUCUUAACAAAAUUGGACAAGGUGCCUCUGGUGGUGUCUAUACAGCCUUCGAAAAUGGCACAAAGAGAUGUGUCGCCAUCAAGCAGAUGAACCUAGAACAACAACCAAAGAAAGACCUGAUUAUCAAUGAGAUUAUUGUGAUGAAGGACAGCAAGCAUAAGAACAUUGUCAACUUUAUCGACAGCUAUCUGCACGAGGGAGACUUGUGGGUUGUCAUGGAAUACAUGCAAGGCGGCAGCCUGACCGAUGUGGUGACAUUCAAUGUCAUGAGCGAAGGUCAAAUUGCUGCAGUGUGUAGAGAGACGCUCUACGGCUUACAACACCUGCAUUCUAAAAAUGUGAUUCAUCGAGACAUCAAGUCUGAUAACAUCCUCCUUUCGGAACGAGGUGACAUCAAGCUCACAGAUUUUGGCUUCUGUGCCCAAAUCAAUGAUGCUCACAACAAACGCACAACAAUGGUAGGAACCCCGUAUUGGAUGGCUCCAGAGGUUGUGACCAGAAAAGAAUACGGUCGAAAAGUCGACAUCUGGAGUUUGGGCAUCAUGGCGAUCGAGAUGAUCGAGGGAGAACCACCAUAUCUGACCGAGUCACCGCUGCGGGCCUUGUACUUGAUCGCUAAGUACGGUACACCACGUAUCAAGGACGAGCAAAACCUGUCGCCGGUCUUCCGAGAUUUUCUUUAUUUCGCCUUGAAAGUUGAACCCGAGAAGCGAGCAAGUGCUCACGACCUGCUACAUCAUCCAUUCAUGCAUAAUUGUGCCCCGCUCUCCAGCCUAGCUCCUCUCGUUCAAUCUGCGAAAGAAAGCAGAGCCGCAGAGAAGGCCAAUAGAGGCACUUAA